AUGGACUACAACCCAGAAGGCGACUCGAUAAACGUGCGCUUCCUCGAGGCGAACAGCCAACGCGCCAGUUUUAUCGUCCAGAACUUCAACCUAGAGACCGCGAACUCGCUCCGGCGUGUAAUGCUCUCGGAGAUCCCCACGCUCGCCAUCGAUGUCGUGGAGGUGCUCGACAACACCUCAGUUCUUGCUGAUGAGUUCGUCUGCCAUCGUCUCGGUCUCGUGCCCUUGUCUUCAAAGGGCGUCGAUGACCUUAUAUACUCGCGCGACUGUGAUUGCGAAGGCUACUGCGACAACUGCGCCGUCGUACUCUCAUUGAACGCAAAGUGUACGGGUAGCGAGAUUAUGAAGGUGUAUGCGCGAGAUUUGGUUAUUGAGUCCCGGACGCCGAAUGACGAGGUCGGGAAGCCUGUCAUUACAGAUUCAGAAGGGACGGGCAGCUGCAUCGUGAAGCUGAGGAGAGGCCAAGCCAUCAACAUGAGGUGUAUCGCAAAGAAGGGAAUCGCAAAGGAACAUGCAAAAUGGGCGCCCAGUGCGGCGAUCGGAUUUGAAUACGAUCCAGCCAACAAACUGCACCACUUGGACUACUGGCACGAAGAGGACCCAGAGAAGGAGUGGCCCAAAGACGAAGCCCGCAUAAACCUUGACGGCGGUCCCGAAAACCCAGACGAACGAUUCGAUUUCGAUGCUGUGCCCACGCGUUUCUUCUACGACGUUGAAACCGUCGGCGGUAUUGACCCCGAUCAGAUCGUCACGAAAGGAAUACAUCGUCUACAGCUGAAACUCGCCGAAAUUGUUCAAGGGCUCAACGGAGGCAUCGCAGGCCCGGAUGACUUUGGUGGUGCACAGAGUCCUACAAUGAAUGGUGCAGGAUAUGGCGGUGAAGCCGGGGGCUAUACGCCUGUUGGUGGACCGGGAGGCUAUGGCGGGGGGAGUGCGUGGGGUGGCCCGCAGCAAGGGGCAGCUACGCCGUAUGGUGCUACACCUUACGGGGGGCAGAGUUGGUAG